CCUCGCUUCCCCCCCGUUUCCGUCUCCCACACACCACCGCCACCACCCAAGCAAGCGCACGCGUUAGACCUAGCCGCCGCCCUCCGCCUCCGCCGGAGAGGGAAAGGAACCACCACCACACCCCCCCUGAUUCCCGUUGGGGGGAGACACCAAGAUAACUCUACCCAGGCUGAGUUGUGGCUGGUAUUGGUGAUAUAAGCUUUGUUAGCUGUUUUCUCUUGUGUCUUGGGUCUUGAUCUUUGAUUACGCCUCAUUGAAAAGACUGUACAUGAGAAAACUCUUUGUUGAAACAUUUCUCUUGUAAUAUGAAUGUAUUGAGUUUGUGACUAUCCUUCUCCUGUGCUAGAAUCAUAUAUUUCAGCUUCAAAGCUCUUAUGAACCUGGUGGCAUAUUAACAUUGGAUACUUGGUCAACUGGAAAAUUGGAGCUCCUUAUUCAUGUCAUCAAUGGAGAGCCUAGCACAGUUAGAGCUUUUGUGUGAAAAGCUUUACAAUUCUAGAGAUUCUGCCGAGCGAGCACACGCAGAAAGCACCCUCAAGUGCUUCUCGGAGAACAGUGACUACAUUUCACAGUGCCAAUAUAUAUUGGACAAUGCUUCGACUCCAUAUGCCCUGAUGCUGGCAAGUUCAAGCUUAUUGAACCAAGUCUCCGACCGCAGUCUUUCAUUGCAAUUGCGCCUUGAUAUCCGGAAUUAUGUCAUAAACUAUCUUGCUACAAGGGGACCUAAACUGCAGCCAUUUGUGAUUAAAUCCCUCAUUCUGCUUGUCUGUCGAAUUACAAAAUUUGGCUGGUUCGAUGAUGAUAAAUUCAGAGAGAUUGUUAAGGAGGCAGCCGAUUUCUUAUCUCUUGCAUCCCAGGAUCAUUAUUUCAUAGGAUUGAAGAUAUUAAAUUUUCUUGUAGCAGAAAUGAACCAGGCAAAUGCAAUGCCUUUGACACUUCACAGAAAAAUUGCUUGUUCAUUCAAGGAUCAGUUUCUUCUACAGAUAUUCCAAAUUUCUUUAACCUCAUUACACCAACUGAAGAGUGAAGUACCUGAUGACUUUAGGCAUGAGCCUCUUUCACUUGCAUUAAGGUGCUUGUCUUACGACUUUGUUGGUUGUCCAGUGGAUGAAAGCUCUGAGGAAUUUGGUACAGUGCAGCUUCCUGCACCUUGGAGGCCUCUCCUUCAAGAUCCUUCUACUGUCCAGAUCUUCUUUGAUUACUAUAAAGUCAACGAUACACGUGUUUCAAAAGAGGCUUUGGAAUGUCUUGUGAGACUUGCUUCUGUCAGGCGCAGUAUUUUUGUUGAGGACCCUUCAAGGACACAAUUUCUUUCUCAUCUGAUGUCAGGCACAAAGGAGAUACUGCAAACUGGCCAAGGUCUUGCUGAUCAUGGAAAUUACCAUGAGUUCUGCCGUCUCCUUGGACGUUUCAAAGUGAAUUUCCAGUUGUCAGAGCUUCUGAGUAUCGAGUUUUAUGGUGAAUGGAUUGGUCUUGUAGCAGAAUUUACAACCAAAUCCUUGCUGUCAUGGCAGUGGGCCAGCAAUAGUGUCUACUAUCUUUUGAGUCUUUGGUCUAGGCUGGUGACAUCUGUUCCUUACUUGAAAGGGGACACACCAAGUCUGCUUGAUGAGACUGUUCCCAAAAUCACGGAGGGUUUUAUCACCUCUAGAAUUAAUUCUGUUCAGGCUAGCUUUGCAAAUGACCCAUCGGACGAUACUUUGGACAAUGUGGAAGUUCUUCAGGAGCAGCUUGAGUCUCUUCCUUACCUUUGCAGAUUCCAGUACCAAAACAGUAGUAUUUAUAUCAUAAAUAUUAUGGAGCCUCUUCUACAAGCUUAUACGGAAAGAUCAAGAUUACCAGCUCCUGGAGAUGCAAAUGAGCUCUCUGUCAUUGAAGGACAGCUCACAUGGCUAGUCCACAUAAUUGCAGCCAUUCUCAAGAUUAGGCAGACCAUUGGUUGUAGCCAAGAAUCACAGGAGUUAAUUGAUGCAGAACUUGCGGCCCGUGUGCUACAGUUGAUAAACAUUACCGACACAGGGGUGCACGCUCAGAGAUAUCAAGUAUUAAGUAAACAAAGGCUUGAUCGUGCUAUUCUUAUCUUUGUGCAAAAUUUCAGAAGGUCAUAUGUAGGAGAUCAAGCCAUGCAUUCUUCUAAGCAGUUGUAUGCAAGAUUGUCUGAGCUUCUUGGACUGAGUGACCAUUUAGUUUUACUCAACGUUAUUGUUGGGAAAAUAGCUACUAAUCUGAAGUGCUAUGCUGAGUGCGAAGAUGUUAUUGAUCAUACUCUUUCCCUCUUCCUUGAACUUGCAUCUGGCUAUAUGACUGGAAAACUGCUUCUCAAGCUGGAGAGUACAAAAUUUAUCAUCGCAAAUCAUUCUAGAGAGACAUUCCCAUUUCUUGAAGAAUACGGAUGUGCCCGCAGUAGAACUACCUUCUAUUAUAUCCUUGGCUUCUUGGUUUUCAUGGAAGACAGCCCAGUCAAAUUCAGGAGUUUCAUGGAGCCACUCCUACAGGUUGCAAUUAAUUUGGAGGCAACCACUGAUGCUGCUUUCCGGACAGAUGUUGUGAAGUAUGCAUUCAUUGGUUUGAUGAGAGACUUACGAGGCAUUGCAAUGGCCACAAACAGCCGCAGGACCUACGGCCUCCUCUUUGACUGGUUGUAUCCAUCUCGCAUGCCACUUUUAUUGAAAGCCAUCUCACUCUGUGCUGAUGAGCCAGAGGUCACCACACCCCUGCUCAAAUUUAUGUGUGAAUUUGUUUUGAACAAAGCUCAGAGAUUGACAUUCGAUUCAUCAUCGCCAAAUGGGAUCCUUCUAUUCCGCGAGGUUAGCAAGCUGAUUGUGGCUUAUGGAUCACGUAUUCUGUUGCUUCCAAACGGCACCAAUAUUUAUGGAAGUAAAUAUAAAGGCAUUUGGAUAUCACUUGCCAUUCUUUCAAGAGCUUUAUGCGGAAACUAUGUCAACUUUGGUGUAUUUGAGCUGUAUGGUGACAGAGCACUUGCUGAUGCCCUUGAUAUAUCUUUAAAGAUGAGCCUCUCAGUUCCAUUGUCUGACAUAAUGGCAUUCAAAAAGCUGUCGAAAGCAUACUACGGAUAUAUUGAAGUUCUGUUCAGCAACCAUAUCAAUUUUGUUCUCAAUUUGGAUACAAAUACCUUCGUGCAUAUUGUCAGCACUCUUGAAUCUGGCUUAAAAGGUCUAGAUACAGGGAUAUCAACACAGUGUGCCUCUGCCAUUGAUAGCUUGGCAGCCUUUUAUUUCAACAAUAUCACAGCUGGUGAUGGCCCUCCUUCACCAGCUGCACUAAAUCUUGCUCGGCAUAUUGGAGAGUUCCCCACUCUGUUUCCUCAGAUACUUAAGACGCUUUUUGAGAUCAUCAUCUUUGAGGAUGCGGGUAACCAAUGGAGUCUUAGUAGACCAAUACUGAGUCUGAUAAUGAUCAGUGAACAGAUGUUUAGUGAUUUGAGGGCACAGAUAUUAGCAUCACAGCCUGUAGAUCAGCAACAACGCCUUUCACAGUGCUUCGACAAGCUGAUGGCUGAUGUUGCUAGGAACUUGGAACCAAAGAACAGAGAUAAAUUCACUCAAAACCUUACAACAUUCAGACAUGAUUUCCGGUUGAAGAACAUCCAGGCAUGAUUUCCUGUUGAAGUAACAGCUGUUCAGGACCAACUACCAGCUUUAAGGAGGUGCACCUAUGUGCUGUAAAUACUUAGCUUAGCUUCGUUUUAGGAACCACCAUUCCCUCGGGGGGAAAAAGUUAAUGCUUUAACUCAGUUUGGUUUGGAUUGGCUGAUAGAUGAAGGGUUCUCCUACUGCAUGUGGCGGCGAAAAUGCAGUUGUUAAUCUCUUACGUUGUGUACUAGAGUGGUGAGUGGUGGUGAUUGACUUUUUCUUUUCUUCUUUUUAUACCUUAGUGGUAAUUCCUUCUCUUUUGCUUGUACAGCAACAUGCAUUCAUGUCAAAGCCUGUGAUCGCUGUUUCCCCGAGUUGUUAGAGGGAAAGCAGCCAUCGCUCAAAAUAUAAUUCAUUCGUUAACAGGUUAGAAGGAGAAAAAAAGGGUUGUAAAUGAUUGUGUUGCCUUUGGCUGUCAAGGCUCAUGUUGAAAGUGUGGGGAGAUGAAAAAAAUGCCCCUUAUUCUUCAAUAAUCAAUACAGGUCUUGUUCAA